AUGAAGCCCAAUCAGCACAGGGACCAGCCCAGCCUGCCACAGGCAGCAGUUCCACAACGGAGAAUAAGAUCAGUAACAACAGCCAGCGAAGAACAAAGCGCUCACACAAGCCACCUUCCCACCACCCAAUUCCUCCACCCUUCACCCCCACACCCCAAAGCCCGCCCCCGACUCCGCACCCGGAGCGGCAGCCUCACCACUGCGGCCGCCAGGAGCCCAUUCAAAACACGUGCUCUGCGCCUUCAAAUGUCCUACAACUUCCUUCAACGAAAACCCACCGAAGCACCGGGCCAAGGCGGUCGUCACCGCCUCCCCACAUCACCCCGCAGUCGCGGUCCGAGCCCCCCGAAACGGUGCAGCCGCACAAUCUCGCCCCUCAACACCGAGGCCGCGGCGGCGCCAGACCACGGGCUCUCCCCGCCCCCCAGCGCCGCCGUCUCCGCCGUGACACAUGGCUCUCCGCCCCGGGCGCUCCCCAGCACCAAGUCCGCCCGCCGCUCGCGGGUCCGCGCGGGCCACGGGGCUGCCGAGGCGCCUCCUCCCGGAGCGCCGCAGACAAAGCCCAGCCGCGGCAGCACAUGGAGAGGAGGAAGUGGCGGCGCGGCCGCGGCCUACUCCCUGGCAGCCCCGGCCAACGUGCUCCUCUCCCCCUUGGAAUCCAUUUUCCAGAAAAGCCGGUUUCUCCCCGCGCCGCCCUCCCCCAAGCUCCCUCCACAAUGUCAUGGAGCUCCCCUCCCGGAACCCGGGUGCCGGCGGUCGUUACCUUCCCGCGGGGCUGCGGCCGAGGAAUCCUGUCCGACCGGGUCGGCUGGCGGCGAACGCGUGCUCGCUGCUCCCUGUGUCCGGCGCGAGUGGAGCUGUUGUAAAAUGGCGGCCGAAGCUCACGCCGCUGGCAGCAAACCCGAUCCAGUUCCACUCGCCUCCGAGCGCGCUCCCAGUGCGCGCGCGCGCCCCCGCCUCUCUCGGCCCGUCCCCAGUGCCUGCCGAGUCGCUCUUUCUCUCUCCCGCGCUGACGUGACGACGCAGCCGACGCCUCGGGACGCGCGCCCGCGGGCCCCGCCUCUCGCCCCGCCCCUAGCUCCUGGUGGGGUGGGGGGGACGAGACCCCGCCCUUCCGCCGCGGCGGCGGUGAGGGGCCAAGUGAAUGAGAGACCCGCCCUCUGUGCGGACACUCCCUCGCGCUCCGCGGGCGGGGCGGCCUGCUCGGCGUGUCCCACUCGUUCUUUGUCAGGAGACGGGCAUCUCCCCAGCCCGCCCUCCCCGCCCCCCACCGCCCCAGCACCGGCCCCGGGCUCCGAGGGUACCCGGCACCAGUCGCCUGCUCCGCCGGGGCCGCCCGCCGCACCGCGCCCUGGGCGCUCGGGAAGCUGCAGGCGCACGUGUCCCCCGGGGCGGGGCGAGGCGAGGCAGACAAUGGGGCUGCGGGGGAGGGGAGCCGCGCGGGGGGGCGGGGAUGGCAGAGUUCGGGGCGACCGGGUGGCGGGGCUGGAGUUCGGGAGUCACCCCGGGGAGUCCCGGGUUCCACCGCUGGACAAUAGGGCAUCCCGCGGCCCGGCGCGCGCCGGGCUCCGCUUCCACGAAUCCCCUGGGCGAAGGGAGGGGCCCCGCGCCGCGCCGCGGGUUCGCGAGGAAAUCCCAGCGCCUCCCGCCCGGGGAUGA